AACAAGAAAAAAAAGAAAUAGAAAAAUAUUUAGCGGCUCCAUUAAAAGUAAAUCCUUCGGCGGAAGACGCUAAAAAAAAACUUGAAAAACAAAUUGGCUUUAAACGAGAAAAAGAUACCAAAGUUGGAGCUAAACAACUCACCAAAGUAGUAGCAAUAGCAGUGGUGCUACCAACUAGAAAGGUUAACAAUAUUGAGGCUCCGAAAACGAAAAGUAAGAGCAGCACCGGAAUGGCCAUUGCCGUCUUUGGUAAUAAUGCUUCUGCCAAAUUGCCUGAUAUACCCGAUACAUUCAUUAUGGUGGCAGGAACCGCUGCAAAAGCGUAA